AUGGCUAAAUCUAAUGAAUUAAACACAUCGUAUGUAUUGAACAACAAUAAUGAUCAAUUGGGUCAUCAAUCGGGUCAUGAAUUGGGUCAAUUCCCGGUGGAAAAUAUUGAUUUCACUUUACCUGAAAAUAUCGAUUCAUCUUUGUUACACGUUUUGUUGACAUCAUCAUCCUCAUCAACAGUAUCCUCUCAAUCACCAUAUGUUUCACCAAUGAUAGAUAAAACGAAAAUAAAUAAAAAAGAACAACAAAAAGUCAGUUUUAUAUUAGAUCAAAAAGGUUUAUCAUCAUCAUCAGUAGAAAAUACGUCUAUCGCCACAAAAUGUUCAGUAAUAGAACAGCAACAACAAAUGUCAUCUUCUUUGUCUUCUUAUUCAAAAACUCUUGUCAAAAAAGAGGAACAAGAAGAAAAUCAAAGUACUAGUGUUGUAAAAAACUUAUCCUUUACUUUAAAUGAUGUAUUAGUUAAUUUAAGUGGUGAUGGUGAAGAAAGUACGACUAGUAUUGAAGAUGAUAAUGGACGAUUAUUGGAAAAAACGACUAAUAUAAAACGUUCAUUAUUGAUUGAUUCAACAAAUAAUAAUAAAAAAUAUCCAUCUAAAAUAAUUCCACGAUCAAUACUACGAAAAACGAUUUCUUCUGAACGACAAGAAAAAAAUUUCCAACAUCAUCUAGGUUCUAAUAAUAAUGAUGAUAGUAACAGUAAUGAUUCUGAUUAUUAUGUUGAAGAGGAAAGCGAAGAUGAUUGUGUGAACGGUGAAAACGGUAAAAGAAAAAACAAUGAAAAGGAUAAUAUGCAACAACAUAUUGGCGAUGAUCGAUUUUUUGUUCAAACAAAUAAUUGUCGUACUAGUAAAACGUGUGGUACUAGUAAAAAAAAAGGAGAAAAAACAAGGGAAGAACAUUAUUAUUAUUACAGCCGUCAUCGUCAGAAUCAACCAUCAGUACUAAUAGAAAAAGCUAAAAAAGAAAAAAUAAUAAUAAAUGAAGAUAAUGCUUGGCUGUUGAAAAAGUCUUCGUUCAAUUAUCAAUCAUCCAUAGACAAUAACAAACACCCAAACGCUCAACCAUCAUCAUCGAAACAAAGUGUUACAUUUGUUGAUCAACCAAAAACUAUUUCAACAACCUCCACUUUAAUUACAAAUCCAUCUUAUUUAUUGUUAAAUGAUAGUUGUAGCUCAUUGUCAACAUCAGUCAAAUAUUCUGCUGAUCAUUUAUCAAAGCCUGAUUAUUUAAAUAUGAGAGAUUUUAUUCCAUCAACCACAGCAUCGUCAACAGCAAAUGAUUUCAAACCUGUUUAUGUAUCUCCAUUAAAAUAUCGUCCGUUGGUCGGAUUAUCAGCACAAGAUAGUCGUUUAUUGUUAGAAAAACGUGUUUCACUAUUAGGAAAACCAAUUUUGAUACAUCCAAUUCAACGUCGUUCACCUAACUAUAGACGAACACAAUCGAGAAUACAUAAUUUUCUUGAACGACCAAGAGGAUACAAAGCAGGAAUUUAUCAUACUCUAGUCUUUGUCACCGUGUUUUUGUGUUUGUUUUUGAGUGUUAUUGUAACGAUGCCACAGUAUGAGGAUACAGCUUCAACUAUUCUGCUACAUACAGAAAUAUGUGUCGUUAUUUGGCUUACGGCUGAACUGAGUCUACGAAUAUGGAGUUCUGGCUGCCGUUCUCGUUAUCAAACGUUCAUGGGCAGAUUACGUUUUAUGAAAAAACCGCUUUGUGCACUUGAUUUAACAGUGGUUGUCGCCACUGCUGUUACAUUGUGUUUAAACAGUCGAGGUGGAAGUGGUGUAUUUGCGGCGAGCGCAUUGAGAGGUUUAAGAUUUUUUCAGAUUUUGCGCAUGCUAAGAAUGGAUCGUCGAGGUGGUACUUGGAAAUUGCUUGGAUCUGUGGUUUAUGCGCAUCGGCAAGAACUAAUAACAACAAUUUACAUAGGAUUUUUAGUACUGAUAUUCUCGUCAUUUAUCAUGUUUCUUGUUGAGAAAGAUGCUAAACCGGUAUUAAUGCAAAAUUUAACAACUUUGGUAGAUAGUGAUCGUCAUAAAUUUGACACGUACGCCGAUGCAUUAUGGUGGGGAAUUGUUGGAUACGGUGAUCGUGUUCCAUCGUCAAAUUUUGGCAAAUUAAUUGCGGCUGUAUGCUCACUGAUUGGUAUCUCAUUUUUUGCUUUGCCAGCCGGAAUUUUGGGAUCCGGUUUUGCGUUGAAAGUUCAACAACAGCAGCGUCAAAAACAUUAUAAACGACGAAAAAUUCCAGCUGUAUUGUUGAUACAAAAUCUAUGGCGUGUUUAUGCUGCUGACGAAAAAUCGUUGAGUCAAGCAACGUGGAAAGUUCAUGUAAAACCACGAAAAGAACAAUCAACUGCUCCUUUUCGUCGAAAAACUCCAAAUACCACUCAGCCUAUAAUGAGUAAUAAUACAAAUGAGCGUUUAAAACAAAAUACUGUCGUCACGAUGCGAUCUGGUGUGGGUACACGGCCAGGAGCAACCAGUCUAGCACAACCAAGCGCAUUACUACACGAUGUUUCAUCAUCCGAUGCCGAAGAUGAUCAUACAUUUGCGUGUCAAGACAUCUCAUUAUUAACUUUAUCUCAUAAAAAUGCAAUACGUUUUAUAAGAAAAGUAAAAUAUUUUGUUUGUAGAAGGAAAUUUCGUGAGGCACUUCGACCUUACGAUGUCACUGAUGUUAUUGAACAGUAUUCAACAGGAAAUGUUGAUAUGUUAGCGCGAAUGAAAUAUUUACAGUUAAGAUUAGAUAAAGUACUCGGAACGGCAAAAUCAGCUGACAGUUACGAAUCUGGUCUCAGUUUAGCAUCUCGAAUUGUUAAAAUUGAACGACUGGUGGAAGACCUUGAUGUAAAAGUUGAUAAAUUAUGUCAAUUGGCCAACAAUAUAUUAGAAAAUCGUUCUCCUCGAUAUUUAUCAACUAUCGUUCGAGCACCUAUACGAAUCACUCCAAGAAAACGUCGAUUCUAUCGUUGUCUAACGCAUAUUCAACCGCAUAAUCACCAACAACGACCGCCACCCUCUUCUUCAUUUCAAUCAACUCCAUGUAACUCUAGGGAAUUCACUCGAGCAAAUACAGAUCUACCAAAUACUAUUACAUCCACUGUAGCUCGAACAACAGAACAUAAUCGUCCUCCUUCUCGUACAAUACAUACACCAAGGCUAUCAGCAAUCACGCUACCAACAGUAGCGAAUAAUUCACGUUCACGCGACAGUCUUAUUAGUCUAUAUUGGCUAUUUAAUGAUAAUAUUAAUUCUUCUCGAACUGCAUUUGUAUAG